AUGAGUACCUCGCGUCGUCGGAAUGGCAAGCCAGCCUCCUGCGAGCCAUGUCGCAAAGACAAAGUCCGUUGCGACCAUGCAUUACCUGUCUGUACUCGCUGUAGAGAUCGUGGGAUUUCCACACGAUGUUACUAUCACCCCGCUCCCCUGACGAGGGUCAAGGGUCGCCGUAUCUUCCCAUUGGCAGAGGGAGUUCCCUUUGAUCGACCUCCAUCAGCAAGCCCGUACCCAACCAUUGCUUUCUGGGUAUUUCGGCCCAACGAGCUUCGUAUCCCCCUAACCGAGGAUGUUGACUUGGGCUCGGAAGGUCAUGUUCUGGGUCUGGAGGUCGAAUCCGCCCAGAGAGUCUUGCCACCGUACUGGGUCCACAAGAUCUCCGAAGUUCUAUUAACACUCAACGAUUUUGAGAAAGUCGAAGCCCUGAUCCGCGAGUAUUAUGCACUGAGCCAAAGCGCGAUUAUAGCGGCACCAUUCGUGCUCAACAGCCUUGGUCCGGUUGGGUCUAUGUGCAAAGAGAGCAUAGCAGACCAUAAUCUUGCUGAUUUCACAUCUUCACUAACAGUGAACAUAAUACAAAACACAUCUGAGAUUUUUGAGGUUCCGUCUACGACACAAGGGCGAGAUUUCCACACGCUAUUCACGGGCCGAGCAAUCCGCCUUGAAAUUAUUGGGCUUCUCUGCGCUCUCGCUGGUCGGGCAAGAUAUCUAGGGCUUGCUAGUAACAGGUUCGAUGAGGACCAAACUUCGCGAUCUCAAUAUGCGCGUAAGAUGCUUGCAGCCAGCGAUGCCGCACUGCACAUUUGCAAAAUCCUCACGCCACUCAAUGACCUGACAAUAUGGCUGUUACAUGAGAUUCUCCUGUUGUCGGAUCUAGUACAUGGCGACUCAAGCCCCGCCUGUUGGAAGCGACUAGGUGAGCUUUCCACUGACAUCUUCGCACUUGGUCUCCACCGUGACUCCAAGACCUCGAGCGAUGUGCCCGAGUUCCUCUUAGAGUCGCGCAGACGUCAGUUCGCUGCGGCUUAUCAGCUUGACAAAAGCAUUGCCACAUUCUUAGGUCGACCGCCAAGAAUACCAUGGCGAUACGCCGAUUGUCGCAUGCCCCUUGAUAUCAGCGAUGAGGCACUCGCCACCGAUAAUAUGGUAUUGAAUAACUCGCACGACUACCUUGACGAGAAUGGCUGGAGCCGCAACGGAGUAGUCCAGCGGUCAUCAUGGAUACGAGCGCGGUUCAUCAUCAGCACAUUUCGGGAUGAGAUUCUCGAGGUCUCUUUACAGAACGUGACACCGGAGAUGGAAACUAUGCUCAAGUACAUCAUCACAUUAUUUCUACUUUACGUUCAGCAGCUGAUACCAUACAGAAAUAUCUCUCAGCGAUGUCAUCUAGCAUGGGAUUCGCUUCCCAAUUGGUUACGCUACAGCCCACAAUGUUGGGAUCAAAACUUACAUGUAGCAGUAUGCCUCAUGAUGAUUAUUUCAUAUCUGGCAUAUCUGUACAACGACUUCCUCAUUCAACGGCUCAUCGCUGGGAAGAGUAACCCGCGCGGAAACACAGCACUGCUGUCUGUGAGCGCUGACAUACUAUCAACGGUCCUGACCUUAGGCAUGCAACGCGAACAAAUGGUCGAUCUCCGGCCAGAUUUUGCGUGGACGGUUCUGCUCUACGGCUUCCCCAGCGCCAGUCUACUCAUCAAAGCCCUGCAGCACCAAAAGCGUACAGGCGAGCCAUUCCUCUACGAAGGGUCGAGAUCGGCACUUAUCCGCAAUUUAAGUGUCUUCAUUUCGCACCUUGAAACUAUCGUUCGGCCGGAUAACGCCAACUACGCUUUAUUUCAACGGGCCAGUCAACUGUUCUCUAGGAUCAUUGAUGAGAUUCUGGAGCCCCAGUCAAUUCUUCCGGACUCGAAUCUUGGGGACACUUCUGCUUUUGAAUUUGAUCCGAUGAUUGAAGUUGACGGCCUGGAUUUGUUCAAUAACAUGGAUUUUGGGGUUGCAUUUAAUCAGUGGUUGUUUUAA